AUGUUUUAUUUGCAGACAUUUUUGAGUCGGGAGGGCCCUCUGGGAACAGUGUGGUGCGCCGCCCAUCUCCAGCAGCGCCUUAAGAAGUCUCAUUACACAGCCACCGUUAUUCCCUCCAUCGUGGAUCGCGUCAUGUGCCCCAAAGUUCCUAUGGCACUAAGAAUGUCACGCCACCUUCUUUUGGGCGUCGUUCGUGUAUACUCUAAGAAAGUUGAUUAUCUUUUUCAUGACUGCAAUAUCAUCCUGAUUGGGUUAAGAAAAGUCUUUGCUUCCAUGCAAGUUAAUUUGCCCGAGGACGCAAGACAGGCUCCCCGUCAGGCUAUCAUUCUACCUGAGCCAUUGGAUCUAAAUGCCAUGAAAUUGGAUGGUGAUAUGUGUACUGAAGGAAAGAAUGAUAGUGCUUUAGAAUGCCAUCAUCAAAUUAAUAUAUUAUUGGUUAAUGACAAUAAAGACAAUUUUGCUUCUUGUACCCAGAAAAAUGACUUUUUAUAUGAACAUAUUGAUUAUAACAUGAUUGUGAAAGUAUUUGAAUUGAAGUUAAAUAUACUAUGGACUCUUAUUGAUAUCACGGUGAAUGCAUCACCUCCAGAGGCACUUACCAAGUUUGGGUCCAACACACACAUGAACAAGAAUGCCCCUAAUUUCAUCUUCAACAAUUAUAUUUUCAAAGACCAAUGGAUCAACCUUCAUGAACCUCCAGAGAAUGGUCAUGUGGGUUUCCAAGAUCCUGCUCCACACAAUCGGAUAAAAGUGCCCAGUGAUCUUUAUUUUUUGGAAGAAGAUAGUAGUAAUACACCAACAGAAUCCCUAGCAGGCCAAGGGGUGGAUUCCUUAUCUGUGACUGUGAGAACAAGGGCAGUGGCUAAAUACUUGAGGCAUUCACCUAUAACCCCACUCUUAGAAGAUGCUCAUGAAGAUCAUAGUUUGAGCAAGAUUUUAGAAGGAAAAACAAGAAAAAUUUGUGCUCGAAUGUUCUUUGAAACCUUGGUUUUGAAGAGUUAUGAACUGAUUGACGUACGACAAGAACAACCUUAUGGUGAUAUCUCUCUAAAGUUGCCUCCUACACUAGCAAAGGCUGAAAUGUGA